UUCUCCGAAUGGACUCGCCGCCCGUCCCGAACGUCCUGGUCAGAGCAGGACCGAUGGGAUCUCUGAGGAGGGACUCGUCACGACCGCUCGCAAACGCCAGCGUCUCUUUGGAGAGCCGCACGCUUUUCUGGCUGCUGCUCGGCCAGAUCGGAUCAGCGAUCUGCGACUCUAUUUACCAACUGCGGCCCUCCAAUCUGUGCUCCGUAAUCGGUUCGACCGUGCGAGGAGCGAUAGACUCGAUUUUUUCAAUUUUCAAUCCGAGCCAACGACUGGUGCACAAGUGGGUCAGGAAAGAGGUGCCCUUCAGGGACAUCCCGAACAUAACCACCGUCUGGGCCGACGGCACCAUUCUCUGCGUGAUCGUGGAGAACGCGAUCGCGCCCAAUCCUGACACCAAGUUCCACCAGGAAAAGUAUCACAAUCUAGGGCAUGUGACCCUGCCGAAUAUAAGACUUGGACAGAAAUUGGCUCAACAGUAUCUGUUCGUAGAUCCAGAAUUUUCAAACGCCGAAAUGCAACGAGAGGCUGAUGCAGAAAUAAUCCACAGACUCGUCAAAUACUUGCAGAAUGUGAAAAGGGCCUCAAAAUUGGCCAAGAACAAGCAACCAUUUGAAAUCGAACGAAGACCCACAUACAAGGAAAUAAUGGAUGAAGCGCAAAAAGUCAAAAACCAAAAGUCAAAACGAAAAAUCAAGCGGCGGAAGCGGCGCUCAAAGACGCCGGAGAAGACGGCGCUCAACUACAGUCUGGUCAGCUCAACGGUGAUUCCGGAGGCCAAAGACGACCAGGAGCAGGUGGCCCAAGUGCAGCACCUGCUGAACCACGACCUGUUCAACGACAAGUGCGAGGAGAUCGAGUCCGUGUGCGAAAUGCUGAUGGUGCGCAGCAACAAACGCAAGUCGCUGCAGAUUUUCAACACGGCCACGCAGAUUCUGUCAACGAGGAAGAGCUCAGUGGAUGACGAAAAGGCCAAACUCAUCGACGACGGAGAAGGAAAAAACGACACCGACGAUAAUUGCAAAAAGACUGAUAGUCCUUUGGGAGAGCAGACGAGACAACGCAGGAUUAGCCUUAAUGUCGAAACAAUGAGGCGGACAAGCGUGGACGACAAGGGAAGAAACUCGCGACGCAACAGUUCUUCACUGCAGAAGCAAGAGAGUGUGAAAGAAGAGCGCAAAAAACCGCCCAAGACCAAAGCCAAGCCGAAACUGGACUUCAGCAAGACGGACUUCAGUCUGCUCGGCAAAAUGGACCAGAUGUUGGAGACGAGGCGCCAGUCGGUUGAAAGCGUCGCCCAGCAAAUUGAAAACCUCGCCUCGGACAUUGCAAACAUGAAUGUCACUGAAGAUGCGAUCAGUGACGGAGUUUUCUUUGCGAGACGACUAUCGCAGAGUAGUUUGAUUAAUAAUGAAAUCAAGCAAAAUGCUAAUGACUCCUACCUAAAACAAAAGGUGAAGAGAAAGAGCCCCAGAAAUGCUAACAUUGUGCGCCCAGAAUUCAACAGCAACGUCUUCCAGGCGCGACGUGACGCAUUCCAGGCGACGACGCCCGAGAGCCGCUCCUCGGAGGAAAGCAGGGUGUCGUCCGAAAGAAGGAAAAAGUCGCUCGGCGCCCACGUGGAGGAGACCAAGCGGCGCUACGAGUCGGCCAAGAACUUUUUCAAAACGAUGGAGCAGCAAGUGGGCUUCGUGGGGCGCCGCGGCUCCGACACGCAGACCCUGCCGACGGCGCCGCCGCCCGAAACCCGCAAGUUCAGCAGCUGCAGGUCGACGCGUCCGCCCGGCCGACUGCACGUGGCCGACGUGUUUUGCCGCGACGAAAACAGCAUGUACGAGAGUGUGAAGACAAUCAAAGGACCGGACAUGUCCGCGUUGGUGGCGUCGCUGAAUUCGGCAUACAACGAGAACGAGACGCGUCCGUGCUCCCCGUACGCGCUGGUGCGCGAGGGGAACGAGGAGGACGACUCGGAGCCGCCUAGUCCCGAACGACAGGCGAUGGACUUCAGUCGUCGUCGGGUCUCCUACUCGCAACUCAACCAGGAAGGCGACGCCGGAAUUUUCUGACACAGCCAAACUAAUCACGAGAGCAUACGAGCUGCUGGUUGGUUUUUGUUGUCGCCCUGUUUGGACGAAGGAGGCAGAUGUGUGGAGAUUAAACAGGCCCCCGCCUGCCCCGUCGCCGCCGCGUCUUCGCGCCCCCCGAUUUCAAUUCGCCGCCGACCGCCGCAGCCUCAUCAUAAUUCCCUCGGCGGCCCUCAAAUUCCGCAGGCCGAGCUACAC